AGGCUGCGGGAGCGAGGGAGGGCGUCGUCUAUUUAAGACCACCUUCGUCUCUCGCCCUCAUCGCAUCACCCAACCCAUCCCUCCUUCCAUCCUUCCUUCGCUCGCUCGUCUGUCUCACGUACUUUGCUCCCUCCGCCGUGCGUUGCUCGGUCUCGUCUCUCCCCACGCCGGCGACAAGCGAGCGCGCGCGCGUCCGUUCGUUCUCGCGAGGGAGAGGUUCCAGUCCCCAGUCCCCGUGCCCCGGCCACCAUGGUCUCGCCGGACACCAUCCGCACCGCCAUCGGCGUCGUCGGCAAUGGAACCGCCCUCGUGCUCUUCCUCUCCCCAGUGCCGACGUUCAUACGGAUCUGGAAGAAGGGGUCGGUGGAGCAAUACUCGGCGGUGCCGUACGUGGCGACGCUGCUCAACUGCAUGAUGUGGGUGCUGUACGGCCUCCCCGCCGUCCAUCCGCACAGCAUGCUCGUCAUCACCAUCAACGGCACCGGCAUGGCCAUCGAGCUCACCUACCUCGCCCUCUUCCUCGCCUUCUCCCUCGGCGCCGUCCGCCGCCGCGUCCUCCUCCUCCUCGCCGCCGAGGUCGCCUUCGUCGCCGCCGUCGCCGCCCUCGUCCUCACCCUCGCCCACACCCACGAGCGCCGCUCCAUGAUCGUCGGCAUCCUCUGCGUCCUCUUCGGCACCGGCAUGUACGCCGCCCCCCUCUCCGUCAUGAAAAUGGUGAUCCAGACUAAGAGCGUGGAGUACAUGCCCCUCUUCCUGUCCCUGGCGUCACUGGUCAACGGCAUCUGCUGGACAGCCUACGCCCUCAUCCGCUUCGACCUAUACAUCACUAUCCCGAACGGGCUUGGGGUGAUGUUCGCGGUGGCGCAGCUGAUCCUGUACGCCAUCUACUACAAGUCGACGCAGGAGAUCCUGGAGGCGCGCAAGCGCAAGGCCGUCGCCAUGACCGAGGUCGUCGUCGACUCCGGCGACGCCAAGAACAACCCCUCCUCCGGCGCCGCCGCCAACGGCCACUACUAGCUCGCUCGAGUCAGAUGGCAUCCUUCCAGGCCUUGCUGACUAGCAAACGGGAGAAGCUGCUACUCUGUUAUUACUACCCUACUAGCUAAUUAGUCCCAAAGGGAUACUACAUCAUUACAUGUCUCGAUGCAAUUAGCUAAUCUAAUUACCACUAUCAUCACCCUGCCUAAUCCGCUGCUGUUGAUUAGUAUGGCAGAGAGCCAAGAGAGAACAAAUUGAGCUGCACUCUUAUAUAACUUGAGGAGGUGCAGUGCUAUUGUCUGUCCCAUGGGGGGUAAACUGUCUUUACAGGAAGAGGGCCUAGCUGCUCUUGUUGUUAAAACAGCUAGCCCUACUUUUUAUUUUUAUUUUUUCCCCUUAUUAUCCUGCUAUGCUUUUCGAUCUACUGGUGUAUUACUUCCCUGCUUUUCUUGCGUUCCUGUACCUGCCGUAAUGUAAUUUGGAGGCCAUCCAGAUGGUGCUGGGGAUUAUGAUACCUGGAAAAUGAAGAAAAAAAGAUUUAAAAAUA